CUCAAAGAGUUGCUUCCAACACUCUCCUGUAUUUGGGGUCUGGUAACACAGGGAUCGCUGGUGCUCCUGUUUGGCUGCAGGAUUUUACUGCAGCCAAAGUUUGGCUUUUUCUCCCAGUUCCCCCUCCCUUCUGUAAGGUCCUCUGGUAAGAUAAAUCUAAAAUCAUGGUCAGCUCCUGGGUCAGCCUCCGAUUCUCUGUGAUACUUCACCUCGUCUGCCUGUCUCUGGCACAGUUUACUGGUCCACCAGGAGAGCCAGGUCCUCGUGGCCCUCCAGGCCCAUCAGGAAUUCCAGGAUCAGAUGGCAUUGAUGGUGAUCGAGGGCCUCCAGGGAUUGGACCAGCGGGUGCUAAAGGCGAUCCUGGCCCUCCUGGACCAGAUGGACUUCCUGGUGAACCUGGUAUUGAUGGUUUGAUAGGAGCCAAAGGAGACCCAGGCCCUGCAGGGCGCCCAGGCCCAAAAGGACAGCCUGGGCUGCCUGGACCCCAAGGAAAGCCAGGUCCAGGAAUUGCUGGACUUCCAGGUAAUGCUGGACCAGUUGGUCUUCCUGGAGAAAUAGGAUCUACAGGCCCCAAGGGCAAACGUGGACAACUUGGAUCUGCUGGGCCCCCAGGACCACCUGGUAAACCAGGACCUUCAGGAAACGUCCAGGGCUUGGAAGGCAGCGCAGACUUCCUGUGUCCUACAAAUUGCCCAGGAGGACCUAAAGGACCACAAGGACUUCAGGGGGUGAAGGGGCAUAAGGGUCGUCCAGGUCCAUUGGGAGAAUCAGGAUCACAGGGGGGCACAGGUCAAAAGGGAGAUGUUGGGAUUUCUGGAGAGCAAGGAAUUCCAGGACCACCGGGCCCUCAGGGAAUCCGUGGCUUCCCAGGAUUGGAAGGACCUAAGGGUGAAACCGGCCCUGUUGGAUACAAAGGAAUGAUUGGAUCAGUUGGAGCUGCAGGAAAGCCGGGUGAAGAGGGUCCAAAGGGGCCUCCUGGACCCCCAGGUAAAAAAGGAGACCGGGGAGCGCGUGGUGUCAUUGGACAGAUUGGAGCCAUCGGUCCAAAAGGCAACAGUGGCCUUCCUGGAAUUGAUGGUAAAGAUGGUACCCCUGGCCUUGCAGGACUGAAGGGUAGUCCUGGCCAAAAUGGAACACCUGGUGGUCCUGGUCACCAAGGAUUAGCUGGUUUGCCUGGCCAACCUGGAACUAAGGGCGCUGUUGGUGAAAAGGGCGAACCAGGCUCUCGGGGAGAGCCAGGAUUUUCCGGUUCACCUGGGAAGCAGGGAGAGAGAGGAGCACCUGGAGAAGCUGGCCCCAGAGGUAUUGCAGGCUCCAAGGGAGAUCGUGGUGAGAGAGGACCAGUUGGACCAGUUGGACUUCAAGGGAAAGAUGGUACAAAGGGUGAACAGGGCCCUCCCGGUAUCCCAGGUCCCCAGGGGCUUCCUGGAGUAAAAGGAAGCAAGGGUUUCCCUGGAAAAGUUGGAGGAAAAGGAGACGUGGGAGAUCCAGGAGUUGAAGGAUUGGCUGGUGACAAUGGAGAGAAGGGUGAAUCUGGGGAACCAGGACCAAAGGGACAGCAAGGUGUACCUGGAGAACUUGGUUACACUGGGCCAACUGGAGACCCAGGUAUGCCCGGAAUACAAGGCCUUCCUGGACUACCAGGGAGAAGAGGACACAACGGUGAGAGAGGUGUUCCAGGGAUGCCAGGAAGUCAAGGAGUGCCGGGCCGGGAUGCUAGUGACCAGCACAUUGUAGAAGUGGUUUUGAAAAUGUUGCAGGAAAAUCUUGCAGCUGUUGCUGUCAGUGCUAAGCGUGCAGCCAUUGGUGGAGCUGGUGUCAUGGGACCCCCUGGACCACCUGGCCCACCAGGACCACCAGGAGAACAAGGCCCACAUGGACACGUUGGUCCACGUGGUAUUCCAGGCAUUGUGGGUGUAAUGGGCCAGGUUGGAAACACAGGGCCCAAAGGCAAGAGGGGAGAAAAAGGUGACCGAGGAGAGACAGGACGUGGGCACCAAGGUUUACCUGGACCUCCUGGAAUUCCAGGUCUCCCUGGCAUUCCUGGUCAUGCUAUUAAUGGAAAAGAUGGAGAGAGAGGUCCACAAGGGUCAUCAGGAGAGCCUGGAAGACCUGGGCUCCCUGGACCAGCAGGUCUCCCAGGGUUCUGUGAGGCAGCAGCAUGUUUGGCAGCCUCUGCUUAUGCUCCAGCAUCUCUGACUGAACCAGGCACCGUCAAGGGUUAAAGAAUCCACUUCCCCGUCAAAUUCUCUUAAAGAACCUUGGAGACAAACUGAGAAUAUUAUGGAAAUAAACCUGUACUUACUGCAGGGACUAGUUCUCCAAAUACACCAUGCUUCCCCGACGUGGUCCUUUCAUUUACAAGGGGUUUGCAGGACCUAAAAAAUAAAAAAGCUCUGGCACGGCCAUGGGAGGAAGCAAGAAUAAGAGGUUCUGAAGUUUCCAGUGAAACAGUCUCAGUCACCACAUGCCAUUUUACCCUUCUCCACAUUUUUGGUUAUCAAGACCCACCUCUUAAUUCUAUUUCCACUGUGAAGAUGUACACAAACUAGCGUCAACAGGGGAUCACCUGCUAGCUGUAAACUUUCUAAACUAGCAAGCGACACCAACUAACAUGCCUGAUAUCAAGCAAUAUUGUGUGUUUUCCCUGAAGAGCAGGGAAUGUAUUUCUAAAUCUCUUCAGCAGUUAUGGCUUCUUCCUUCACUUGUAGGAAACAGCAAGAAAUGAAUAGUAAUGUGUUAUGAGUGUCAUGUUAACUUUAAUACUGGACAGGUCAGGGGAGAAAUACAUCAAAUUAUACAUUGUGGGGAUCUGACUGAACAUGGAGUCCAUUGCAGGCCAAAAUAUAUAAUCGUAAAAAUUGUAAAUGGCAUUUUGUGUCUUUUUGGCAUUAAAGGCCUCUAUUUAUAUUACUACCAGAAAGUUUAUUCCAAUUGAAAAAUACAUUACACCGAAAAGGUCCCUGAAGUUCCUACUUGAUAAACUUUCAGUUUAAUAUAACAGGAUUACAGUGAUAGCAGGAGUGAUAUAUAAACAUAAAUAGAAGUUUUAUAAUGAGUCAAAGUUAUCAUCUUGCUUUUCUGUAAACAUUACUAGAGCUGCACAAUCUAUUUUGACCACUCGGUGCUGCUGUUCUUUUAAUACCUAUGAAAUAUACCUUCACUAAGGGUAGCAUGUUUUUCAUCCAUAACAUUGGCUGAACACAGAUAAAUGAGGCCUUUUUAAAGGUACAUUGUUCUCUGUGUAAACAGUAUGUGUGUGUCUGCUCUGUCUGUGUAUAAACUGUGUGUUCAUGGUAUGUGUGCCAUUGUUAGAUGCAGCUUGUAACUGUGAAAGGCAUGUAUGAUUAUUAAUGAUAACAAAAACAGGUAUGUAUUAUCUAUAUGUUCCAUGUAGUAUUAUUAAUAGGAAAGCUGACACUUUCAUGUUUGUGUAAUGUCGUGUUUUCCUCUUAAUUCUGCAAAAAGUAAUUAUUAUUGGCUAAUUAUUGUCCUUUGCGUCUGGAAAUGUAGAAUCUGCAAGUUGCCUCACUUCACAUGUGUGUACAGUACAGCGCUCAAGUGGAUCAAAGGGUACAAUUACAUACGUGGGGUUGCCCAUAUGCUAUCGUUCCCUUCAUUUGGGCUGAUUCAGUGUGGGCAGAUCAGCUGCAAUGUGAUAGGAUGGCACAAUUGAUGAAUGAGGUGACAUGCAUGCCCAGAUAAUCAGGCAGUUUGGCUGAACACAAAUGGCCAUCUGAAUAUGAAAGUUAGUACUGUAUGUUUCCUUAAUGUCUAUGUGCAAGGUGUCUACUUUUGUUUUUGCUAUAUGUUUAAAUGGUGCUAAAUAUAUAACUUGUGUCUGUGUAUACUUUGAGUCUAAGUCCAUUGCUCUUCACAUCACUGUUUUAACACUGAGAAGUAUGUUGAGAAGCCUGUUACCCUUUCUGGAAAGAUAGUAGGUAUUAUUUGUGUUAUAGGUUGUGUUUUACAGAUAAACAUCAUGUAUUUAUGAGAUAUAUGUGUAUAUACUGUGUUGUCUCUUUUGGAAGGAGUUAAGAGGUGUGAUUGGUGGAUGUGUUCAGGGAGGUGAGAGGAACAUUAAAGACUUCAUGCCCUUGGUAUCGGUGCUUUAUGGGAUGGCAAGUGGUGAGUGAUCUGUUUCACUAGUAACACAAAUCUUGCAGUUUUGUGAAUAGGAAUCAAUUGUAAUGAAAAAAAUGAACAUUACGCAAAUUUACCUCAGUUUAGUCUCUACUUACUAGUUUAAACAAAUUGCAAUUUAGAAGUUUCUGAAGAUAUUUUUGGUUUGUUAAAUUGUAAUUUAAGUAUGUUUGUAUUUUUUGCAAGCCAAAAUGCUUAAUAUUUCCCAUAUUUGUGAUAAUGUACAACAGCCCCAAUGAGCAGCAGUGCCAAGACCCCCUGCAGAACCAGUUCAUGUUCCUCCCCAUGUAAAACUGUGUAAAUGAUUAUUUUUUAAAUGAGUACCAAAAAAAAAAAAAGUUUAUUUGAGUAAAUUGGAAUAAUAAAGAAGAGUUGGGGUGUA